UUUCCCAAAAUUCCUUUGUGUUUUCUUCCUCAAAAAUUCAAUUCAACAAUUUAUUUUUUUUAAUUUUUACUGAAAAAUCAAAUUCACCAAUCAUGAGAUUCAAGAAAGGUAGCAAAGUCGAGGUAUUAACCAUGAAGGAGGUUCCAACCGGCGCGUGGCGCUGUGCCGAGAUUAUCUCCGGCAACGGCCACACUUACUGCGUCAAGUACGGUUGGUUUCCGAUCACUGGCAAGGCGGCGUUGGUCGAGAGAGUCCCGAGGAAAGCGAUUAGGCCUUGCCCUCCUCCUAUAAAUGGGACCGACGAUUGGGUUCCUGGCGACGUCGUGGAGGUGUUCGACGAGUUGUGUUGGAAACCAGCGGUGAUCGUUAGAGUUUUCGGUGGAAACAACAUGUUUUCCGUCAGGAUUCUUGGAUUGAAGAGCCAACUCAAAGCACAUCAAUCUCGAUUGCGUGUUCGACAAUCUUGGGAAGACGGCAACUGGCUCCUUGUCGGGAAGGGCUCGUCAAAUUCCAGUGGACCACCGAAGAGGAAAAGAUCUUCGCUUGGUUUUCCGGAAGCUGGUGGAAAGAAGAUGAAGGUGAUUGAAAAAGGUAGUUUUGGUGGUCAAAGACUAAUAGUUCGGCUUCCUUGUCCUGCUUCUGAAAAGGUAGAUGCAUUUGUUUAUCCCAAAAAUAUACUGGGUGAAAGAUGUAUGCCUUCUUCAUUUCGUAGACUUGAUGAUACCUUGAGUUGCACAUCGUCUGUUGGUAGUUGUAGUGGUUUAGGGAAUAAUGGUCUUAACUUGUCUCCUAGUUAUGCAACAAACGGUUGUGAAAACUUGGAGGAUUAUUGUAGUGAUGCUGACUCAUAUUCUGAAAGGUGUUGUGGGGAAGAUGGAAGUUCUGUUUCCCCUAGUGUGGAAUUGGGAACUGAUUUCCAUAGGUCGGAGCUGCAUGCCUAUCAGAAAGCUCUGUGGGCAUUGCAUGCUUCUGGACCUUUGACUUGGGAAAAAGAAGAAAAGGUAACCAACCUACGUCGUUCUCUUAAUAUUUCUAAUGAUGAGCAUUUGAGGGAACUAAGAAAGUUGAGACAUGAUGAUAAUAGGUUUUUUAUUAGUUGUUGCUAGGUUUAGUGAAUCACAUUUCUAUCUGGUAAUGCACUAGUGUUAUAUUUUACUCAAAUAAUGCAGAUAUUGUAAGGAUACUUGAAAUUUUCAAUUUUGUAAUUAGUUUCUUUUCCUAUCUCCACGAUAGAAGCUUCUGUUCUUUAUGUAAUUCUUUUUUGGCUGAAGUAUAAAAAAGGCCCCUGAGCUAAGUAAUCAUUCAAGCCCCUAAUGUUUUACUACAAUCAACUGAACCUUCAAACAUUUGUUUUUAAUUUAGCGUAAUAUAUAUAAGCAUUCUUUUCAUUUUUGUUUUUGACCUUUUGCAAAUGUUGUAUAUUGUUGGGUGGAUGUUUCAGCACGGUAAGUUCUAUUAUCCCUUGUGAAACUGUUGAGUUUCAUUUAAUACAAAGAGGUGAAUUACGUUUGUUGUUUCUAAAACAGUUUCCCUAAAAUAAAUUUAAGUUUAUACAAAUUCAAGUUCCAGAAAUAGUAACAUGAAUAGCCUGUUUCAGUAUUUCCCAGCGCGUACAUACGUGUGCAAUUUUGCCCUCUAUGAUUACUUCAACCUUGUCCAUGGUCUUUACCUGACCUUUUUCUAGUUCCCUAGAUGGGGUCUUGGAAAUUGUGAUGUGGUGCUGGCUGGUUUAUGGAUUCUAGCUAGUGUUUCAUACAUUCCCCGUUUAUGUACGUGAAGCUGUUCUACAUCAUAUCAUGAUGAUGUACAAUUGUUAUACUUGCUUAUUUCAGCAGCAUAUGGAAUUAAUGUUGAGAAAUAUCUUGAUGCUUUCUCAGAAUAUCUCAUGGCCAAUGUUGGAGGCAUCCAUACUUUGCUUCUAAAGCCAUGAUGGAUUGAAUAUGUCAACUCUCGCUGUUGAUCAGGGGACAACAUCCAUGGUUUAUUCCUAAAGGAACCCUUAGGCCCUGCUUUUGGUACGAAUUAUUUCUAAAAAUAUUUGAAAAUUUUGAUUUAUCUAUGGAAAUGCUGGUAUAGGUCAUUGUAUUCCUUGUUGCAGAAAAACAAGAUAAUCUUAAAAGCUGCCCUACAGUUAGCAUGUAAAUUGAUAGGUUGCAGGUGCACUUAUGGAAAGACAUAUCUGUCUUAUUCCCCCUCCCCUUCUCCUCAUCCCUUCUAUAGAGUACAUGAGAAUUAAAGUUAUAUUCCAUAGUGGAAAGUUUUGUAUCUCUAGACUGUGCAUAUCCAAUAUGAUUAAAUAAAUGUGUGUAUAUAUAUCGAUUCA